UUCGCAUCAUGUGAGCAGAGAGCGAGAGCGCCAGGAGGAGGAGAGGGGAAAAGCCUGAGCGUCGUGGCGGUCGGCCAGGGUGGAUCUAUAGAUUUCCCAAGGCCUUCAUUUCCAUCUGAUUUGAAUACACACCGUGCAGUUCAUCUUUUUAUGAGGGAAUAGAUCAAUCCAUGGUCUCAGUAAGUCAUAGCAAACUGCUAUCUGUUUCUGGUCCAUUGCUUGCCCCAGCUUUUGAUCAGCAAGAUAUCAUAUUAGAUGUUUUCCAGCCUGACAUGCCACCAUUAAAUUUACUGCCGGACUGCAGCAAUGAACAAGUAUCUGUCCCAGCUGCUACCUCAAACACAGUUUCUACAUCAGAGGUGGGUGUCUCGUUGUCAAUGGUAAAGAAGGAAGUGGAGAAAUCACAGAAUACCAUCUAUGAGGCUUACCUCAAACUGCCAGAUUUUUGUUCAGAUGUCUCUAGAGAUUUCAUCCCUACAUUGGAAGAGAUCGAGGAGUUCCUCAAUGAGAAGAAAGAACUUGUCAAGGAUGAACUGAAUGACAGCCAACCAGGGGGGCAACUUGAAAUAAAAUCUGAAAUCAACUUAAGCAGUGCAGGGGAAGAGUCUGCUACUGGAACUGAUCUAGAUGAAGGUGUUUCUUGUUCUGUUCAGGCUGGUGUAGCAUCUGGAGAUAUAAGCAUGCAUAGAACCAUGGGAUCAAUCCCUGUUCUCCUUCAGAUCCAGCCUGGCCAAGCAGAUGAUAGCUCAUCCAUCCAGAAUUCUGUGGGUGGUAUUCCGGUGGCCCACUUGAUCAUUAGAAUGCAAAGUCAAAACUUGACUGUUUAUCCCCAGGUCACUCCAAGUCCUGUGAAAGGCACAGAUCAGAAGUAUGUACGAAUAGCUCCAUUGCCUGUCACAUUGAGGCCAGAAGUUCCUGGAAGUACAAAGAGUAUGGAGACCAAAGUCCCCAAAGUUUCCCCUUCAGUUAUUCGAGUCCACAAGUGUACACAUCCUGGCUGCACCAAGAUGUACACUAAGAGUUCCCAUCUUAAGGCACACUUCCGACGUCAUACUGGAGAAAAGCCUUAUACUUGUACAUGGCCUGACUGUGGUUGGAGGUUUUCCCGUUCAGAUGAGCUCUCUCGUCACAAGCGCUCCCAUUCUGGACUCAAGCCUUACCAGUGUCAAAUAUGCGAGAAGAAAUUUGCCCGCAGUGACCACUUAUCUAAACAUAUGAAGAUCCACAAAGGGUCAUUCAGUUCAGGAAGUCAGUCAGCAGGUUGUUUUCGUAAUAGUUAACUAACUCCCUGUUUCCUUGCCAAGAGAAGAUUUCCCAUCAACUCAAAGGACAGCUGAAUAGAAAAUAUGAUUUUUCUUUAGGAGAUAAGUAAUUAGAAAAUGACUUGUUUAAGGAGAAAACAACCUCUGUUUCAAUGUGCCUUACAAUUAUGGUUUGCCUCCAAAUCAAGAUCUUUGACACAGGUUAAUAAUUGUACAUUAUAUCUGAGAGGAAAAUGUGACCAUUCAGGAUGUGGAGAAGAACAGCAUGAGAUUCUGUUUCAUUCUAAAUGUUGUAAAUACUGUACUGUAAAUAUUAUUCUUCUACUGGUAUUGAGCUGCAUAUAAGGGACUGUAUUCAAAUGUAAGUUACCUUUUUCAUCAUCUCUCAGCCUAUCCUUAUUUGAGCAGCCUGGCACUUAUUCUAAAACCAAAAGAGUGACAGAAAAUUAUUUCGGUUUGAAAUGCAGGCAAGUGAACAUAAACUAUAAUAAAUCCAGCAAACAAAUUACUCUAUGAAUUCCAAAUUCCUCUUUUAUAUUUUGCUACUUAAGUGAGUUUCAUUGCUUCUCUGUAAUAUGCUUUCUUUUUCUUUUCUUUAUGAAAAUUUAUUUUAGAUUACUGUGAAUGAUUAUAUUCUUUUAAGAGCCAGACUUAAAAUGCAUAUUCAAUGGAGUGCAGAUUGCCAGUGCCUCAGAAUGGGACCCAAGGUGAAUUUGUACACUUCUUGCUAUUCGUCAAAGUGCUGCAUUAUUAGAGAGUGCCUUCUUCCUUUCUAAUAAGGCAAGCCAGAAUGAGUCUUGUGCAUUUUAAUUAAAACAAUAAAGAGCCUGAUACAUUACAAUUGAUAAAAUACUAAUCAAUGUAUUAUGAUAUCUGCUAUACACUACUGUACACAAAAUCCUUGCAUUGAAUUUAUUAUCUAUACAGCAAUGGCAAUGCCUAAUUAACUUUGUCUGAUCUGAGACACCCUGAGCAUGCCAGAUCUGGUUGAUAUGUAGAUGGACAUUACCAGGAAACUCCAAGGCUUUGGGUAGACAAUGAGGUUAAAAUGAUCUGAAAGAAUAGCAGUAUGCAAUAAUAUGCUACAUCUAUGUUAUUUUCAAAAAAACCUACAUGAACUGUCAAGAAUGCAGCCCAAGUGAGGGAACUUUCAUCUUUAAUAUGGCUACUUUACCUAAGUAUUUAGAUGCAGUUUAAGUGAACUGCUGGUGUAAAAUUUAGGUCAGUUGCAUCUGAGCACAGAAAACACUGAACUUAAGAGGCGACAUGCAACCACAAGCAAGUAAGCAAGCAAGCAAGCUUCUUACGCAUCUCCAGCCUGUUCCAAAACGCAACAAUUCCUACCAGAAGAGAGCAUCAGUAUAUCCUGUGUAAGAGUAGCAGCCUGCACUUAACCAUGCUUACUUGGAAAACUGAUUCUGAGAUAUGUUAUAGCUUGCCUUAGAUGUUUUAGUCUCCUUCCCCUAUAGGCAUGAUUUUCAUUUUUUAGCGUGUGCCAGCCUGAAUGAUUUAUAUUGCCGCUGUCUCCUUUCUUUGGUCCAGUGUUUUCCACAAGAGAUCUGUACUGUGUCAAGUUUAUUAUUCUCUCUCUGACCGCUCUCAGUCUUUAACUAGGACUCUGAAUAAUGUAUAAAGGUGUACUACAGCGAUUUUCUCUUCCCACUGAACAACAUUCUGUUGGCAUAAAUAACAAAAAUAUUUUAAAAGCACCUCCAAUAUGCCCUACCAUGGCACAACAAAUUGUACUGAAAAAUCUUCAAGGCAAGUUGUAUUUGCAGAUACAGAAAUCCAGAAGUCAUUUGCCUAACUAUGCAAAUAUAUUUAUUUAUUAAGCAUAUUUCUAUGCUGUUGCAAUUUAAAUGCUCUCAGCGGCAUAAAUAGAUUAAAUAAUACCAUUUAAAACAAUCAUGGUACAAUUUUAAAAUAAGAACAUACAAAUAAGAGUAAAGGAAUGACAAGACAGUAAUCAUAAAAAUAUUUUUGCAUAUAUCAUAAUAAGAGAUAAAACUUGAAUCAAAGUUCUUCCUUACUUCUUACUUCCUUACUUCUGAAUGGAAAAUGUCUUUUGACAACCCAAAUCAUCUCUUUUUCAUUAUUUCAUGAAUAGGAGAAGUAAUUGGCAAACUGAUUUCCAAGGAUCUGUUGAUGUAACAUGUUCCCUAGAAGAAAAAUAAAGCUGAAAUAUAUUAUAA